AUGGAGAGAGACCACAACUCCUAUCUGAGAAAUAAGGGAAAUUGUUGUCAUGUGGUGCAGCCUGAAGUAGUGACCAUCCCGGCUCUGUACCGCGUGGCUGUGUGUGGUGGUACCCAUGGCAACGAGCUGGCGGGGGUUUACCUGCUCCGCCAGAACAUGAGGAGGAAGCGGAAAGGCAGCAUGGUGGAUCCGGUUACUAUGGUAACAGUGAUGACAAACCCCCGUGCUGUGCAGCAGUGUGUACGUUACACGGAGAUGGACCUCAAUCGCUGCUUCACACACGCUACACUGAGUGCCCCGGUCUCUGAUGUCACCCCGUAUGAGGUUGUACGCGCUCAGGAGCUCAACGCUCUGCUCGGUCCUAAAGGAGACUUGGCAGCGGUGGAUCUUCUCUGUGAUCUUCACAGCAGCACUGCGAACGUGGGCCUCUGUCUCAUCACUCACUCCGACAGCGACUGGAUCUGCCUGCACAUCUGUAAACACCUGCAGAGGGAACUGGUCACCAUUCCAGUGCGGUAUGUCCACUACGAUGUUCCUAAGAGUGAGGCUUACACACUGCACUCUGUUGGGAAACACGGCUUUGCGAUGGAGGUCGGUCCUCAGCCACAUGGCGUGAUCAGAGCCAACGUUUUUACUGCCAUGCAGGAAGCUGUUCAUCUCACACUUGAAUGGGUUCGUCUGUUCAACUCAGGGACCCAGUUCGAGGGCGGCUCGGUGGAUGUUUAUACGAUGGUGGAGAACAUAAAGUACCCUCAAGAUCCUCACACACACACCAUCAGUGCUGCUGUGCAUCCGGAACUACAGGAUAGAGAUUUCUGUCUCCUGCACCCAGGUGAUCCGGUGUUCCUCUCUUUCUCUGGAGAGACUCUGAGGUACAAAGGGAAAGAGGCGCUCUAUCCUUUCUUCGUCAACGAGUGUGCUUUCUACGAGACGGGUGUUGCUCUGUCGCUAGCGAGGAGAAGGAAGGUGAAGAUUCCAGCCAUCCAGUGCAGUAGAAUGUGAAGGAUAUUCUCCAGAAAGAAAGACCAGAGAUAUAGAGACUCCAGUGCGAUACAGACUGGGCUUCUUAAAUAAGUCCUUGAAGGUUUCCAGUCAUGCCACUACCCAUUACGCCACACUACGUACUCAAACCCUGAACCCUCAGACCCUUUACUGUAAUCAAAACCUCCAUUCUCAACUCCUAGCCCUAACCCCUUACCACUAAACACCACCGUUACAAUGACACACCAACUAUCGAACUAGAAUGCUAGCAAACUAGAAGUCUUUACAUGUUUAUCAAGUCAUGUCAGUGAUGGAUAUCACAGUAUUUCAAUUGCCUGGAACAUUGUUGAGUGGAGAAGUAGCUUCAGUCUAUUCCUUGUUAUGGUGAGGUAGUAGCUUGCCAUCUAAAG